AAAAAUCACGAGGGGAGAAAGUCUUUUCGAUCUCACUGCCAAGGUGUGUACUUUAGAGAAGACCCAGUAAAAAUACCUAAACAUACAGGUUACCUUAGUCUUCAGUUCAGAGAAGACCCAGUAAAAAUACCUAAACAUACAGGUUACCCUAGUCUUCAGUUCAGAGAAGACCCAGUAAAAAUACCUAUACAUACAGGUUACCUUAGUCUUCAGUUCAGAGAAGGCCCAGUAAAAAUACCUAUACAUACAGGUUACCCUAGUCUUCAG